AUGUCGGCCCACCGUUUCUGUGUGCGCACGCGGUGGCAGUUCUGGGACUAUGUGGGGGGCGAGGAGGCGAGGUUGCCAGACAAGAAGGCGCCCACGCCGCUGAUGGUCGCCGUGACCUCCGACCACCGCGACGCGGACGGCUUCAGGGCCGCCGUCGGCGAGAUCGUCCAGGCCCUGGAGUCCGUGGCGCAGCGGUUCGGGGCCCACUGCCAGAAGGCGGGCCACGUGCACGAGGGCCCCUGCUACAGCGUCGGGGCGGUGCACAAAGAGGCGCGGGAGGCGCUCGGGGCGCUGCUGGCCAGGAUCCCGCAAAUGGACCCGCGCGGCCAGAGGGAACUCUGA